CUUUCUAAGAAUUUAUUUUUGAAAAAAACGGAUCUCCUUUUCAUUUCCCUCCCCUGUUUUUUUAUCACUUACUCCAACGUUCGAAUCCUUCUUACCAGAGAAACCUACAGAUAGUCCCUCCCCACACCGCAGUGCCUAAACCCAAAUCUAGUCCAAUUUGCGGUUAUUCAAUUCAAAUGCAAGAUUUUAUCGGUUCAGUUCGCCGAUCUUUGGUCUUCAGACCGACCGGGGAAUUGGACGAUGGCGGUAGUGGCUUUGGGGGGUUCGUGGAGAAGAUCGGUUCCAGCAUCCGAAAGUCAAAAAUAGGAAUUUUCUCCAAGACUCAGUUGCCUGCUUUGCCACCGAUCUCCAAAACAGAGCAUAUGAAGUCCAGGAAAGACGACGCGCCUCCAAUCCGGUGGCGGAAAGGGGAAAUGAUAGGUUGCGGCGCUUUUGGGAGAGUUUAUAUGGGGAUGAAUCUCGAUUCUGGGGAAUUGAUUGCUGUAAAGGAGGUCUCAAUUGCAGCCAGCAGUGCUUCGAGAGAGAGAGCGCAAGCUCACAUUCGAGAGCUUGAGGAAGAAGUCAAUUUACUAAAGAAUCUCUCACAUCCAAACAUUGUGAGGUAUUUAGGAACUGCAAGAGAGGAGGGGUCCUUAAAUAUAUUGUUAGAAUUCGUUCCAGGUGGCUCAAUUUCAUCUCUUUUAGGAAAGUUUGGAUCUUUUCCAGAACCUGUCAUACGAAUGUACACAAAGCAAUUGUUGAUUGGACUGGAGUAUUUGCACAAAAAUGGAAUUAUGCAUAGAGAUAUAAAGGGAGCAAACAUUCUUGUGGAUAACAAAGGCUGCAUUAAACUUGCGGAUUUUGGUGCAUCAAAGAAAGUCGUUGAAUUAGCCACUAUGACAGGGGCCAAGUCAAUGAAAGGUACUCCAUAUUGGAUGGCUCCUGAAGUUAUUCUCCAGACUGGGCAUAACUUCUCUGCUGACAUAUGGAGUGUUGGCUGUACUGUAAUUGAAAUGGCUACCGGCAGGCCUCCUUGGAGCGAACAAUAUCAGGAGGUCGCUGCACUCUUUCAUAUAGGGACCACUAAAUCUCAUCCCCCCAUUCCUGAACAUCUAUCAGCUGCAGCCAAAGAUUUCUUACUAAAAUGUUUACAGAAGGAACCGAACCUAAGAUCUACAGCAUCUGAUUUGCUGCAGCAUCCAUUUGUUACGGGAGUAUAUCAUGAAAGUCAUCCUGGUUCAAACAAUUCAUUUAUGAACAAUGCUGGGAACAAGACAACAGCUCAGAAGAUGGAUGUUAAGAAAUCAUUGAACUCUGAUAUAAGAAUUUCUUGCAAUGGUUUGAAAGAUGUUUGCAAAGGGGACAGUGUGAGGUGCUCGACUAUAUAUCCUGAGAAGUUUGCUGGAAAAGAGUCACUUUGGAAGCCAAGGAAUUCUGAUGAUGAUGAUGAUGAUAUGUGUCAGAUUGAUUUUGAAGACGAUCCUCUUGUUAGUGAAUCUAUGGACUAUGCAACUAAAUUGCCUUCCUAUGAUCCGAACAAGAGUUUCAAUCCUAUGUGUGAGCCUGAUGAUUGGGAAUGCAAAUAUGGUGGAAGUUCUGAAUUGGAAAGGAGUCCAGAUGAUAUUGUAUCCAGUCAACCUAAUAAUGAACUUAACAAUAGCCCCAUAUCUUUUGAUAUGCAAAGCGGAUUCACAUUUCCAUGUGGGCAAUCUGUAGGUGAGGAUGAUGAUGAAGCGACUGAAUCGAAAAUUAGGGCAUUCCUUGAUGAAAAGGCACUUGAUCUGAAGAAGCUGCAAACACCUCUAUAUGAAGAAUUUUAUAAUUCUAUGAAUGCAUCCUGCACAUCGAGUCCAGCCAGUAACAAGGAAAAUACUCCAAAUAAUUUAAAUUUACCUCCUAAAGGAAAAUCACCCAAACGCUUCCUUAGCAGGAGGCUUUCUGCUGCUGUUGAGAUUGCAGGAAAUUCCAGUACAGUUUGUUCAAAACGGAUAUCAAACAUUGGUGGUUUAAAUGAGGCUACACAGGAUGCCCAAUCACCCAGACUUGGCGAACUUAAAGAACUCAUUUUAGAGUCACAGCCAGAGCCAAUCAAUCCAAGUGACUCUGAGAUUAGAAAGAAAUGGGAGGAAGAACUUGGUGAAGAAAUCGAGAGAACACGAGAGAUUAUGCGCCAAGCUGGUGUGCUAAAGACAUCGUCCCCCAAAGACCGAGCAGUGAGCCGGUUCAAAGAUCGGCUGAGGUUUGCAUCUCCGGGUUUAUGAAAUGCUCAAUGGGAACAGCUUAAGUUUUUGAAGCUUAUAAAAAAUAUUUCACGCUGGCACACUCUGGUCCUAAAUGGUUCACCCAAUCUGGUGUAAGCGAUUUUCUCUAGAGGAACGAUAAUGACGGCCAGCCUUGUGUCCGCUUGGUACACAUUUCAUCCAUAGAACACAAGGGGGAAAGAGCAUGGAGAAUCACAUGUUUUCCUCUUCAUUUUCCAUUUUUCAGUACAUAUUCUUAUGCAUGUAUUGUCAUCACGACAUCACCUUGAGAGCAAUUUAUAUACCAGUCUUCAAGAGCUUUAAUUAAGCUUGGUGACUAUUGUAUUCUAAAAGUAUUGUAACUAACUCUUUAUAUGUAUUGUUUCUCUUCCCUCUUGCUUUUUUCAGAAGCUCUAAAGCAUGUGGUUUGUUAUGAGUUUAAUAUUGGGAUUUGAUGGGC